UCAUUAAUUUCACUCAAUAUUUUAAAUCCGUAUUCUAUCAUACCUGAGUUAUGACAUCAUUUAAUCAUAGGUGGCGCUGAUAAUUGAGCGUUAGGCUUGACAUCUGAAAGGAUAUAGAAAUGUUUACCUUUUCGAAAUUACUGACCUAAAUUCCAAACCAAGGCAACUUAUUUUAUUCAAAACCGGUGACCUGACGAGAAAGUUGUAAACAAUCAUGGCCAAUGUCGAUAGUCCAGAGAAAACUCGACGCCUUGCCCAAGCUGCCAGUUCAGGGAGGAGUGUGAUUUGCAGAGUUUUAUUAUUAGAUGGAACCACGUACGACAUUGAUGUGGAUAAAAAAGCAGUUGGUUUGGUGUUGUUUGAUAAAGUUUGUGAUCAUCUUGACUUGUUAGAAAAAGACUAUUUCGGACUAAACUUUAUUGAUCCAAAAACUAACUUAGAAUCAUGGUUAAAUUUAGACAAGAAAAUAUCAAAACAAAUGAAAGAUCAAGCAUGGCAUUUUAAUUUUGAAAUAAAAUUUUACCCGACUGAUGUUCACCAGUUGCAUGAAGAUUUAACAAGGUACCAGCUUUGUUUGCAAAUAAGGAGAGAUAUUGUCAGUGAAAAAUUGCCAUGUUCCUUUGUAACCUACAGUUUGUUAGGAUCAUAUACCGUCCAAUCAGAGUUAGGAGAUUGGGAAAUGGAAGAAUUUGGUCCUGGUGUAGAUUAUAUUAAAGGAAUGAGAUUUGCUCCUACACAAGACAGAGAUUUAUUAAAGAAAAUUGUAGAACUACACAAGACACAUAAAGGUCAAACCCCAGAAGAAGCUGAACUUCAUUUUCUAGACAAUGCCAAGAAGUUAUCUUUAUAUGGAGUAUAUCUUCACGAUGCAAAGGAUGGAGAAGGUGUUGACAUACAGCUGGGUAUCUGUGCAAGUGGAUGUAUGAUCUACAAAGAUAAAUUACAAAUUAACAGAUUUGUCUGGCCAAAGGUUGUAAAGAUGUCAUACCGAAGGAAUAAAUUUUAUAUCAAACUGAGACCAGGGGAGUUUGAAGACUUUCAAAGUAUGAUAGCAUUUAAAUUACUUUCAAUAAAACAUUCAAAGAGACUGUGGAAAAUUGCUGUAGAACAUCAUUCAUUCUUCAGGUUUAAAGAAUCAGACAUGCCAAGGAAACGAGGUUUAUUAAAGCUUGGGUCAAAGUUCAGAUAUUCUGGUCGUACAUUAUAUCAGUCUAAGAUGGCUAUAUCAGCUGUUGAUAGACCUAUGCCAAACUUUGACAGGAUUCAUAGUAAAAGGGCAACUUAUGGUGGCAGGCCUAACAAAAGACCACAUGAAAUUGAAGACUAUUAUAGCAGGCCUACUAGAGAACCUAGAUCAUCUGAAAGACCACCCAAACCAGAGGUGCGUAAUGAUAACUUUAUAGAUAGAAACCCUGAUGAUGAACCUCCUCCUGCCAGAAAUGAACCAGAUAGGUCUGAGGAUGAAGAUGAGGACCCAAUAGAUACAAAACAUCGUAUGGAGAAAAUGCAUGCCAUCCCAACCCCCCUGGCAUUAAUGAACAAAGAAAGAGAACAGACAGAAAAUAAUAAUGGACAACCAAGGCACAUGGAAGAACCUGAAGAUGACAGACCAGAACCAAGAAGAGAGAGACGAGAUGAUUAUAGACGGGAACCAGAGGAAGAUAUGGAAAGACCAAUAGACAUACCACCAAGCCAUGCACCUCCUCAAUUAGAACCAGGUCAAGGUGCUCCUUUUCAAUUACUGAGUAAAGAGGAGCAAAAAAGACAACACAAGGAAGAAAAAGAAAGAAUAAAGAGAGCAAAGGAAGAAGAAAAACGGCGGAAGAAAGAAGAAGAGAAAGAAAGGAAAAGAAUAGAAAAAGAACGCAAGUCAAAGAAAGGAAAAGAACAUAUUGGUCAAGAAUGGGACCAAGCUGUAAAUACAGCUGUGAGAACAGAAGUAUAUAUACCCCCUGUUGAAGAAUCUCCUGAAAGAGUACGGCCUAAACGCAUGAGUAGUUUCGAAGAAAAUAAGGUCUCGAGAGUACACGAUGGUCACCUUUCAUCCGAGGGUGAGCCUGAUGAUUAUCCCAGUGACAAAGAAACUGAGGCUGCCGAUGAUAACGAGGAUGUCGAUGAUACAGAGAAUCAGGCAGUUACCCAGUCAAGAGUUGGUGAAGAAUUUGAUCUGUAACUUUCUUUAAUCUAUGCACCUAUGCACAUUACUUCAGCAGAGGAUUGGAAGAACAAGUGCUUCAUUUUAAUUUAACCAUGUCUAAUGUGUCAUGUUUAACAUUUAGAAUGUUAUUAUUUUUCUUUAUAUAUAGACAAUGGGAUCACUUUUUUUUUUACAAAUUUUAUCAAGUCUGUUUUUAAAUUAGCAUUGUUUGAAUUAUUGAUUUUACUGUGAAUUUUGUGAAGAUUUACAGUUUUACUUUAUUAUAAAUCACAUAUCAUUUUAUUCAAUUAAAUUUUUAGCAUUUAUAAUUGCCAACUUUAUGAUAUUUUAUGUAAUUAUUUUGAAAAUUUAGAAUGGGUCUUCUUUUACAUCCCAGUUUUUAUACAUAACAUUCCAUGAAAGUCCAUUUAAUUUGUGAUGUUUUGUUUUCUUCAUUUAAAUUUUAUAUUCAUAAAGUGAAAGUGGUUGUGCUGUUCGAGUUAGUGAUUGAAACAUUUCAUUGGAAUGUAAAUAAUUUUGUUAGAUAUUGUAAAAUUUAAAUCAAAAUGCUAUAUUUCAGCUUCGAGGUUAGGAAAGCUUUAUAGAAUAAAAAUUAACAUAUUUAAAUAGUAUUUAUAUUUGAUAAAAUAGUGCCAUCUAACUGAUUUGUUAGUACUAAGUUGUAGUGAGGUUGAAGAUUGAUUUUUUUUUUUUUUUUAUUAUUUGUAGAAAAUUGAUUAAUUAAUUAUUUUACUUAAAUUUUAGAAAUUAAACCAUCAAUCUUAACACAAAAUAUAGUGAGAUAAAAAACAAUUAAAAUAAUAUAAUGCAAAAUGACAGCUAAUACAGAAAUCCUUUUCACUGUAGUUUUUUAUUCAACUUUUUAUAAUAAAAUUGUGUGUUAUAAAUGUUGAUUAUUUCAUUCAAUACAUAUAUUCAAUCCCAAAUUAUUUGUGUCCUUGCCUUUUUUUUCUUUUUUCAAAACACAAUAUUUUUUGCCUUAAUUCAAAAUUACUUUGUUUUACUUUAAGAUAGUAUUGAAAAAAAUUUAUAAGAUAAAUAUAAAUGGGAAUAGGUUUCUUUUUACUUACUUGUAUUUUUAUAAUUAUCAGAUUAUCAUAAAUUUUAAUUAAUGAAAAGUUGUACUUUUGUGAGAAUUUAUAUGUACUUUUGACCUGAUAGAAAACUAAGAUAUGUGGAAUUCCUUGUAGACAGAAAUAAUUAUAUGGACCACAUUAUACAUCAUUAUUCUUUUAAUGCUCAACAAUAGAUACACUGCUCAUGCUCUAUAGAUUUUCUUCAUCCAAAAUAAGCAUGAUAUUGAUAGAAGAUGAAUUAACAACAAUUAACUCUUUAGAAUAAACUUUGUUUACUUUACAAAAAGAAAAACUUACACUGAUUUGUGAAUUAGAAUGAAAUCUUGUUUCACCAUACUUAGUGUCCCAAAAAUGUUUUGGUGGGGGUAGGGCUAUAAUAAAUCUUAACCAUAUUUUGAAAACAAGAACAUUUGAUGCAACAUUUUUAUAACAAGUUCAAUGUCCAUUUAAUGUAAAAGCCUAAUUUUUGUCAUCUCUUCUGAUUUGACAUUCAAAUUUUCUUUGAUUGUUUAGAUGAGGACAUUUUUGCAUCUUAUUGAAUUCUUUAUUGGCUAUUAUAUUACCCAAAAAAAAUAUCAUUAUUUCAAGGUUGUAUUGCUAAAAAUAUUAGUGAUAGAUAACAGUAGCCACCAUCAAAUCAUGGACUCAAGGAUUGAAAAACAAUAGAGUUAUCUUUUCAUGGACUCAAGUAUUGAAAAACAAUACAGUUAUCUUUUCAUGGACUCAAGUAUUGAAAAACAAAAGAGUUGUCUUUUCAGUAAAGGGGAGAUAGGAAAUUUGUGGCAUUAUAAAAAGAUUUCACUUUAUUUUAGUUCAAAUCAUAAUCUACAAAUAUAUUUAUGUAUAGAUCAAUUUAUUUUAACAUUUGUAUAAAAAUUCAUGAGGUUUUUACUCGUCAUUGGUUUUUCAAUUGUUUUUGUCUGCUUAUAUCAUUUCUCCAGAUAAAUGAUGCUUAUGUUUAAUGACCGGACUGUUAUUCCUUGAUUUUUGAUUAUUUUGCAUGCAGGUUUGCAAACCUUAUAAUGAACAUAUAUCAUUUUGUGCUUUAAGUUAAGACAAUAUGAUGUUUAGUUGGUGUAGUGGUUCUUUGUAGCUGAUAGGUGAAAUGGAUUACUAAAAUUUUUAAUUUAACCUGAUCUAAUUUUGUAAUAUGUGUAGUUUACACAGCAGUCAAUGAUAAAUGUUUGCUUUUUGGCUAUCAGCUUUAAAAAAAUAUGUUGUAAAUGGGUUGAAUAUUUUUUGGACUUGGAAAAUAUUUUUUUUUCAUAAUAUUUGACUAUAUAUUCCUAUGCUUGCACUGACCUAUUUAGGUCUGUUGUUGAUUUUUUUUAUAUAUAUGUAUGUUUUGAAAUUUUAGAAAAAUAAUGCACAAUAAUUUAUUUCAAGUCAUUCAUUGCUAGCAAUAUGAUUAAAUUGUAAUAACUUUUCAGAAUUUACCUUUCACCACAUUUCAUUAAAAAAGCUAAGUUGCAAUAAAACCAUACCUCAUUAACCUUAAAUGUUUAUCAUAAAGAAUUGGAGUCGUGUGUCUUCUGUGAUGUUUUUGUCCAUAUCACAUUUGUAUUGCAAACUUUUGAAAAAACACAUGCAAUUAAAGUUUAAAAUUGAUGUUUUAAUUUGAGAUAUAUAUUUUUAUAUAUGGAUGUUGAUCAAUUAAAAAUCAGAUGAAAUGACAGAACUUUUUUCUUUGUAAGAUAUCCAAAACAUUACUGAGUUUCUACAGAUAGUAAAGUGAAUAAAUAGCUAAUUAAUUAACAACCAUCUACAAGUGUUUUGUAUGAAUUAAAUUGAUGCAGAUAUAAAUGUGAUAUGAUGUAUAUUUAUAAUCAACAUGACAUAGUGUAUAUAAUAAUAGUACAUCUAUAUAUUUUGUACCAUUUAUCUGUCAAAUGAUGGUUUCAAUACUUACCUAGAAAAAUUUAAAGAAUUGAGGUAUCAGUCCUCAAAAAUAAAAUGAAUAUAAAAUUAAA